GUCACUACUGCAGGCCCUCUGACGUCAUUUCACAACAGCUGUACAGGCGAUCGGAAUCCUCUUCCUCGACUGGGGCAUGAUUCGGCUCUAAGUAUCGUGGAAAAUUUACCCUGUCGUACUUGGCAAUCAUACAAUGGCCACGGAAGUCGAGGAGACUGUCAAGAGAAUCCAGGCGCAGAAGGGUGUUGCCGGUGUUAUCGUGACGACGCAUGAGGGUAACCCAAUACAUUCCACAUUCGAUACGGCAACGACGACGAAAUACGCCUCGGUAGUAUCCAAUCUCUCAGAUGCGGCGAAGGCGGCAGUUCGCGAACUUGACUCUGCCAACGAUCUGACCUUUCUGAGAUUACGAACAAAGAAGCACGAGCUGAUGAUAGCACCUGACAAGAACUACAUGUUGAUCGUGGUCCAGAUGACGGGCACUGCACAAACAUAGCUUUCUUAGGGGAUUUCCCAAGUAUCUUCGUUCGGCCAUCGAGCUGAAUUCGGCACCCAGACAGGAACAUGGCUGUGCUGCAUGCGGGGUAGAUAAAUUACCGAGAGCUUCCGAUGGAAGACUAGAGAGCUACUAAUAGGAUUACGAAAUGAAUUCGGAGAGGAGCCCAAGUCGGACUCCUGACUUUUCCCGAAAUCCCUUGACAGUGCCAUCCGUCUGAAUGAUUGUUUGCUGAGACAGACAACUCCAGCUUAUUCGAGGCUCGAGGAAUCAAAAUCUAUAUUAUAGAUGACAAUUAGAGUCCCGGGGAGACUUGAGCGCAGCUUGAGAUUCAAAUGUCCCUCGGUAUUCUCCCGCCACGAGAAUGAGAGCCGGAGCUUGACAUUGUAAUCGGAAAUUCCCCCUCGCUGAAAUCAGUUGAUCGCCCGACCUUCAUCCUUGUAAAUGUCUCUGCCCCGUUUUGGGGAUUGAGCAAGAUCUCGGUCCUGAAUAAAACUUUGUUCAAGGUUUGAG